AUGUUGAAGCUACGGGAGCUUGAGGCUGCACUUCAGGAGGUCGAGCCAUUUGCAGAGCCACGGAUUGAGCUGGAGCAGUAUCCGACGUCAGCACACAUUGCCGCCCACAUGGCCUUUACCAUGGAGAACGCUUUUGGUGAUCUUUUGGGCAAGACGGUUGUGGAUUUGGGCUGCGGUUGUGGCAUGCUGAGCAUCGCAUGUGCGUUGCAGGGUGCAGAUCACGUGCUGGCCGUCGAUAUCGACUCAGCAGCUCUGGACAUUGCGUUGGACAAUGCGGCCCGGCUUGAGCUGGAGGACGACAUUGACUUUGUGCUGGCGGACGCACCAUGGCCUCUGGCGCUGGGCCCGGGCGCAAGACAGGUCGACACGGUGGUUAUGAACCCUCCCUUUGGUACCAAGCACAACGCGGGUUUGGAUGUCCUCUUCUUGCGUCGCGCCAUCGAGAUUGCGGAUGGUGCCGUCUAUUCACUGCACAAGACAUCAACACGGGCCUUUCUGCAGCGCAAAGCGAAAGAGCUUGGGGCAGAGAUGGAGGUGGUUGCCGAGCUCCGCUACGAGCUGCCCAAGACCUACAAGUUUCACAACAAGCAAAGCGUGGACAUUGAAGUGGACUUUCUGCGUUUCGACUGUUCGCAACGCCACUGUACCUAG